CAUCUUCACGCUCGCACAAGUGUGGCUGACAAGCAACAAGCCACACGUUUUUUUUUUCCUCCAGGUGAGUUGAAUGCAGUUGGGACAAUCGCUCUCCGCCUGUUCGAUCCCAGAAGAUGUCUUCACUCCUCAAGGUGGACAAUGCGAUUAAAACCCAGGUUGAUGCUUUCAGGGAACGUAUCACUGCUGAAGCGGAGGAUCUAGUUGCACGUUUUUUCCCAAAGAAGUUGCUGGAACUCGAUCACUUCCUGAAGGAUCCAAUCAUAAACAUCACCGAUUUGAAGGAGAUACACUCGGAGAUAAACCUAACGGUGCCGGACCCCAUCUUGCUCUCAAACCUGAAUGACGGACUUGACGCGCAAAAUGCCAAAAAGAGAAAGCUGGAGGAUGGCGGUGCGGAUGAUAAGGUGACCGGCACCAAGGUCUUCGUCAUGCCCGGUGGGAUGAUGAAGAGCAACGGAAACCUUGUCGAUCUUAUUGAGAAGGUCAAGCCAGAGAUCAGGACGCUCAUAGAGAAAUGUAACACAGUCAAAAUGUGGGUUCAGCUGCUCAUCCCAAGGAUAGAGGACGGCAACAACUUCGGCGUGUCAAUCCAGGAGGAGACGGUAGCUGAACUCCGAACGGUUGAAGGGGAGGCGGCGUCGUACCUCGACCAGAUAUCAAGAUACUACAUCACAAGGGCCAAGCUGGUUUCUAAAAUAGCGAAAUAUCCACAUGUGGAGGACUAUCGGCGCACAGUAACCGAGAUUGAUGAGAAGGAAUACAUCAGCCUGAAGAUCAUAGUUUCGGAGCUCAGAAAUCAAUACGUAACGUUACACGACAUGAUCCUGAAGAACAUUGAGAAGAUCAAGAGGCCUCGAAGCAGUAACGCCGAAGCGCUGUACUGAUGUUUCUCCAGGCCCCAUCCCCCCCCUCGUCCCUGGCCUCCGUCUCCCUGCCUCGCCUGUUGAGCUACAGCAGCCUAGACAUUCACCCACUUCAGUACAAAUCAAAAUCAACACAGCUCUUUACAAAAAACGUAGCUUCCAUAGAUUGGACACAACAUGUGGUUUUUUUUUUUUUCUGGUUUUUUUAAUGUAAAAUAUUUUUCUUGUUUUAAACCCUUUUGAAGACAAAAAAAAAUUCUCUCAGAAAAAAGGGGGGAGAGAGGUUAUAAACAACAAAAAGCGCUAUGUAUUUUUUAAUUUUAAUUAAACAUUUUGUCCUCGGAACUUUGUGACAUUGUUUCAUUUGUCGCUCUAAAGAAGGAAAUUCUAAGCAGCUGUUUGUUUCGUGCCCUCUGCUUCAGUGGAUGUCGGUUACUGUUUUUUUCUUUUUGUUUAUUAGACGUAUACAUCUCCUGCAGGAUGGUUGUUUAUAGGAGAUGAAACGCGGAAGAAAUUGUUCUUUCUCAACAUUGUCCGAACAUUACACGGUGUUGUCGUAACAGAUAUGAUCGUUGAGAAGGUUUUUAGGUCCACGGACUUAUUGGAUUUCAGUGAAAGUUCAUAAGUCACCAAAGCAUCUCUUCUGUUGAGUCAUUGAUUCUAUUGAAUAAAACAUUUUUUUUGAUAACAA